AUGGCUGGAGCAUGUUGCAAGACCACAGUGUCCUUCUCUGUGUUCAAACGUUCUCUGUCAGUGAGAAACUCGACAUCUGCCUCGCGCUCGCGGCUAACUGGGGGUAGAUUAGGCGAAAGGGGAGUUCAGGAAGGAUGGUGGGCCCUCCGACCUCUCCCUUUAAAACCCAUUAACCCUCACCGUUAUUCUGGGUUUCUUUAUUUCUCUUGUCAGGAAUCUAUGAGCGAGAGUCUCAGGACAUGCUACGUGUACUUGAACCAGACGAGUCGGAGUUUCGCCGCAGUGAUUCAGGCACUUGACGGAGAGCUACGGCAUGCAGUGUGCAUAUUCUACCUGGUGCUACGUGCCCUAGACACAGUCGAAGAUGACAUGACAAUACCGUUGGAGAAGAAAGUUCCUCUCUUGCAUGACUUCCACACUUUCCUCUACCAGCCAGAGUGGUGCUUCACUGAAAGCAAGGAGAAAGACAGACAGGUCCUGGAGGACUUCCCCACGAUUUCUGUGGAGUUCAGAAACUUAGGCCAGGAAUAUCGCGAUGUCAUUUCAGACAUCUGCCACCGGAUGGGAGUCGGAAUGGCAGAGUUCUUGGAGAAGAAAGUCGGCUCCAUGAAGGAGUGGGAUAAGUAUUGUCAUUACGUGGCUGGCCUGGUGGGUAUAGGCCUGUCCCAGCUCUUUUCCGCGUCCCAGCUGGAGGACCCAGAGGUGGGCAAAGACACAGAGCUGGCCAACUCUAUGGGGCUGUUCCUACAGAAGACCAACAUCAUUAGAGACUACCUGGAGGAUCAGCAGGAGGGGCGUGCCUUCUGGCCAGAGGAGGCCUGGAGUCAGUUUGCGUCGCGGUUGGAGGAUUUCGCCCAGCCGCAGAAUCUGAACUCUGCCCUGUCCUGUCUCAACAUGCUGGUCACCGAUGCCCUCCGUCACGUGCCCGACGUCAUCUCUUACCUGUCCCGCCUCCGCAACCAGAGUGUCUUUAACUUCUGUGCCAUCCCUCAGGUGAUGGCGAUAGCAACACUUUCUGCCUGCUAUAACAACCCACAGGUGUUCCAGGGCGUGGUGAAGAUCAGGAAGGGUCAGGCCGUCACACUGAUGAUGCAGGCCACCAACAUGAGUGCAGUCCAGAGCAUUAUAGCACAGUACAGCCAGGAGAUACUACAGAAGGUCUCCCUCUCCGACCCGUCGCGGGAGAAGACGCUGCGUAUCCUGGGCGUGAUCCGGGAGAGAACACUGUCCCAAAGCACUCUCCUCUCCCGCUCCCAUCACCUGUCUCCCGUCUACCUCUCUGCCGCCAUGCUCCUGGCUGCCCUCAGCUGGCAGUACCUCAGUGCCACCGCUGGGCAGGCGGCGGGCACCACGGACAUGCAGGGGCACUGAGACCCACCGCUACCCCAGCAGCGCUCUGUCUCGCUGGGCUACACAGACUCAGACCCAUACCUCACAAGCCCUGGUCCUUUUUUUCUUUUUUUUUUGUUUCUUUUUUUUUGUUUGUUUGUUUGGGGUGAGUGGGGGGUCGUUUGGGAGGAAAACCUUGGAUCUGUUGAUCUGUUUCUAGGUUUUUGACUCAUAACCAGGGUGAACACUAGAAGACCUGCAGCAGUUUGGUAGCAGAGACAGUUUUGGUCUUGGUUUUUUUUGUGUGGGUGUGUGUGUGUGUGUGUGUGUGUGUAUGUAUGUGUACGUGUGUUUUUUCUGUCAUCUAUUUUUCUCCCUGUUUGGUUAGCCAAUAUCAACCUCAACUUUAGCAUCCUUUAUAAAACCUCUCAUGUCUCUCAUUACCAUUUACCUGCUCUCCAUGUCAUGGUUGUUUUGAGUUGGAGUUUUUUUUUUCCCUCCUCUUUUGAAAACUCAUAUAUGCCAACAGUUCUGUUUAGAUCCCUGUUUAUUAAUUAGCAGUUCUGCUGAGAGGUUUUGUUGACAUGAAACAAUUACUUGUCACCAUGGUGACGUCACCACGGUGACAUGUUUUCUUUGUGUUCUGUUAUGUUUAUUGGAUUUAUGACCUUGACGUUUCUAGCAUGAGCUGUCUACAGGCUAGAGGCACGUUCGUACACUGGCAGGGUAUCACGAGACAGCACACGGUUUUAGACAUUGCACUUUGUAGUCAUUCAGUCCUUUCCCUUCACAUGACAUUUAGAGGAGAUCUGGUCAUCGGGCGUAACCACAGCACUGCGCUAUCAGUCAGAGACUAAAUCAUUUUAUGCCUCAACGAUCAGUUUUACCACACAGCAGAUUAAAAGAGGAGUUUCUUUGUUUGAUUUGGGUUCUCUCUCUAGAAGGUCUAGAUCUAGAGUUCCUCUGCUCCGAAUCUGGAGGUCCACAGUCCUGCUGGAUUCCGCAUUAACCCAAAACCUGUUCGGUUUCCAGCUCCUGGACCUCCAGAAGCGGAUCGGAGGAACCUGUCCGUAGAUGGAUGAGAAGUUACUUGGUGGCAGUUCACCUCAGCUAAUGUUAGUGCUUUUGAGAUAGGCCGAGGGACUACAGCAAAAGUGUCCUUAAUGCUGAGCUUUGAUGAGUUAAAGACAAAGGAAAAAACGAAAACAAAAAAAGCUAGCUGGAUUAAUCUUUGUACUUAACAGAGGUGAAAUUAUAAUAACAUUGCCAUGUAAUGUGGAUCUUUUGAUUUGUACGUAAUUGGACGAAUAAUAAACGCGUAAAAGAAAAUAAAUGUUCA